AUGGAAAAUUCGGCUAAUAAACGGAAUCCAAAUAGCUAUGAAAAAAAGCAGAAAAUUUAUUAUGAGCAAGAAUAGGAUGAAAUAUUUUCAAAAUACCCUUUUUUUCAUUAAGGAAUUCCUGAUUUACCUUAAGAGUUAUACCCAUUACCAAAGAGGAGAAUGAAUUAUAAGAUAGACGAAUUAUAGCAAUAAGAUAAUAAAGGAAGAUAAAGAAGAAGGAGCAGCAAUAUGAUCACUGAGGAAAUUCCAAUUUACUUAAACUUUGCAAAAAAUAAUGGUUAGCAAGACUCUUCUGAAGAAAGGUAUUUGUAUCCUCAAUUUACAAAAAAAUAGCUAAAAGAUUAAGAGAGAAAUUUGUGCAUUGCUAAUGAGCAAAAAAAAUAAACAAGUUAAAAAGUUAAAGAUGAAAAGGAAACAAAAAAAAAGGCUUAUUAGCAGUAUUUAGAGUAAAUGAAUGACAAAAUGUUUGAUUAAGUUGUAGAAAUGACAAAGAUCCCAGAAAAAAAGAUUCAAAUAAACAUGGAUGAACAAGACAUUUCGAUCGAAUUAGUAAAUAAAAGUGAUAUUAGAAGAAAAGAAGAGGGAGAUGAAGCAUUUUAUGAAAAAGAAAGAAACUUAUUAGAAAAAAAGAGGACUCUCAAAUAAAAAUUAGUUGAUAAAUUCAAGAUUAGACUGAAUUUUGAAGCAGAAGAAUUUUUAGAUAAAAAUGUUUAUGAUUUUUAUAACAAAUAAUAAAUAAAUGAAAUUAAAUCCUUAAGAAAAUAAUCACUCGAGCUAAAUCCAUAUUCAUAGUAAAAUGGUAUUAAUAAAUCUAACAACAAGCAAAGCUAAGAUAAUAAAGUAAAAAGUUUGUAUACUUAACAAAAAAAUUCAGAAGGAGAAUUGCCUUCUUCUCUUCAGUAGCAAAUAUCAAAAAACCAUCAAAGAAAAUUUAAUAGUUUAUAAACAUCUCCAAGAAUGAGUAAUAUCGAAUAAAGUUAUUUAAAUCAACAAAUUAAAUAAGAUAAUAAUUAAGUUUCUAUUUAAGCUUUGAUAAAUCAAUAGAAAAAUGAAUAAAACAUACUAAAUUAUGGGUAAUCAUCUUAUAAUAAUUAAAAUAUCUUAAACCCAAUCAUUAUUAAGAAUUCUACCAGGAAUAUUUUGAAUAAUUCUUAAAAUUACAAUAUAUAAAAUAAUCAAAAUUAGUUAUACAACGAAAACCAAAAAAUUAUUUAAUAGAGCUAAUAAUGUAAAUCAAGUAAAUCUGUAGACGCUAAUUCAACAUAGGAAGGUAGUAUAAUUACAAGCAAAAGAUUUAGUUUAUUGAAAAAAAUGAAUGAAAAGUAAUUUGAUUCAGGAUAAAUUUCUACUUUAUAAGACAGAUUUAAGAACGAAUAAACAACUUAGUUAACAGAAUCAUCUCCUAAAGUCAUUCAGUUAAAAACUUCUCCUGGUAAGAGAUUUAGAGAAGAAAGUCCAUUUUUAACUUCAACCGUCAAUUAAUAAAUAUAAACAACUUAAAAUGAAUAAUAAAAACCGUCUAAAAGCAUAUUAGAACUACCCAUUAAUUAAUACCAUAUGCCAACAGAAGCCAGUUAGCAAUAUUCUCCAAAUGCAAACGAAAGAAGUGGGAAUUUAUCACCUUUUUUGUAUUAGAGUUCCUCAAGGAAUUCAAGUUAAUUUCCUCUAAUAUCUAUAAAAAAUAAUAAUCAUAGGAUAAAUAGUAGCUUCAGCAGAUAUAAGGUGGUUUCUCCUCAUUCUAAUAGAAACAACAUGUAUUCUUUCUCGAAAGAAAACAGUAAUUCUUCAAUCCUUUAAUAAAGUGGAGAAGCCUUAGAAGCUUUAAAAAAAGAAAAUCAAAAACUUCUGAACAGCAAAUAUACAAGACAGCAUGCUUAAAUAAUAAACAGUAUAAGAAAAAAAUCAAUGCAAAUUGAACAAUCAAUGAAAGAAACAGACGAAUCAUUUUAAUAAUUAGUAAGCAAAGUCAAGAAUGAACAAGUUAAAAUAUUAACUAAUUUAAAUGUGGCUAAAGCACCUUAAUCUGUUCAAAUAAAACUAAUUAAUGAUUUUUAAAACAUUUUAAGUGUAUAUGGUGCACAGUUAAACUGA